UCGAUAGUUCUUGCGACGGCUCCGAUUUGGCGUCUAGUCAACAAAAAUUGCAAGAAUUUCGUCCCCUAAUUAAGAAGAGUUUUUUUUAUAAUCCAAACAAAACCAUGUCGCCAAAAGCAAAAAAAAUAGUGGUCAAGAUCCCACGGCACCCGUACUUCAGCGUGCAAAGUGAGCGUAGCGUGGAGCGCGAGGUAGAGUACCAGGUGCGAAAAUGUCGCGUGAAUUUGGAGCGUAUAAAGUCUGCAACCACUCCGAUUCAACGUCCAUUUCCAUUAAAACCAAAACCAAAAAGAUGUAUUGUACGUGUGGCCCGUCUUCCGGACGUAGAGCGCAGUGAGAUCUCCGUAACUCCGGCCAGUUCCAUCAUAAAUUCUGACAUUGACGAGGGUAACUCCAGCGAGUAGGAACUAAGCGGGUCCCCUUACUAUCACUUAUAUCUUGUUAUAAGAUAUCUCGAUUGACUAAUAGUUUACUAUAAGACAAUCGCCAUUCAGAAAAAAUUCUCCGUUUAAGGAAGAAAGUCAUUCAUUUUUUAUAAUGUAUAAUGUAUUAAAUAAAAAAUAUUACCUGUAUGGCGAUUCCCUGGA